AUGUCGAAGUAUGAUACCGAUGAAACCUGUUGGUUGGAAGUUGGCUGGAGGAUCGCUGACCACGAGAACGAUACCGAAGAGCCUGCCACCACUACUCCCAAUGACAAGUCUCGUGUGAUUACCAAGCCUUUUGGAUACAUCAGUCACUUGACUUACCUCGAGACGAUUUACCUCCAAUAUUAUGUUGAACGAGGGUCCAAGCUGCUGGCGAAUUUGGAAAAUGAAGAGAAUCCAUUGCGAUCAUUGCUCAUUCCUCGAGCCCAUUCCUCUCCUCUUCUAAUGAAUGCUCUAUGCGCGCUGUCUGCGAUACAUCUCGCGAACCGUACAAGUGAUAGCUUGUACGCUCAAACUGCAGCAGCGGAUUACUACAUUCAAACAAUGAGAGGGGUUCGGACGGCACUUACUGAGCGUUCCGCCGAUAAAUUUCCCGAGGAUGCUCUUCUCUCGGUUGCUCUUCUUUGCAAGUUUGAGAUAGUACGUGGAAGCGUGAGGCAAUGGACGGUGCACCUGAAUGCAUUAGGAAAAUUGCUAUUAUCCCGCGGUGGAUUCGACUCCCUCAGUCAAGACACGGCUGAUUUUCUGCGAGGACUUUUUGUAUACGGGCAAAAUUUGGCCAAAUUGACGAACCCCAAACUGAUCACUGCCGCCUUGUCGAACCUAAGUCAUGCAGAGAUUACCAGGCUCGACAUAUACGUCGGCUACACUGAGAGAAUUAUCAAGCUGUGUGCAAGGAUUGCGGAUCUGCCCCUUCUUUGCGCUGACCCAGUUGCCCUGGGCUUGGAAAUUCAUGCAAUCGACGAGUCGCUUCGUAAUUGGACAAAAUACUUACCCUCGUACAUUAUACCUAAGGGGACAACAGAAGAAAACCUCACCCGUCUGCGCAUGGUAGCUGAAUGUUUCUGCGACGCUGCGUACAUCUAUCUCCAUUCCACGCUAGAAAGGAUGAUGCGGGGGCCCACGCAAAGAGCAUCCCCGAUUUGGACUUCUUUCGUAUCAUUAUCAAAACGAGUGGCAGUAGAGCGUUGUCUCAGAAGCAUUCGGUCAUCGCCACUCGACGAUCACUGCGAGUAUUCCGCACUUACUUUUCCACUCUUCAUCACAGGAUGCGAGUGCGAAGAGGCGAUAGACCGAGAACUGAUUAUGCAAUCGUUGACUCAACUGGAAAUUAACUUCGGUAUUGGGAAUGUUAAGCGCGCAAAGGAACUACUGAACAUCCUCUGGGCCGGAGAAAAGCUGCAUUGGCUCGACGUCUUGGAGCACCUGAAAUGGGAUUUAAUACUUACAUGA